GUGAGAUCCAUAUUGAUCAGUGAUUAAUUAUUAUUAUAAUGCAAGAAAAAGACUUCGAUUAGAUUUGUUGGCCCUGAGAAGGGCCGUUUUAAACAUACAUAUAAUAAUUAGUCCAUGUCCAGUUGCAUAUUUCAAAAUUUAGUCAUGAUUUAGAUUAACCUCCGAAACCGUAAAGGGUACGGCCCUGGCGCUUGAGGGCGUAAACUACGUCCAUGGCAGUUACAGUCUUCCUCUUGGCGUGUUCGGUGUAAGUGACGGCAUCACGGAUUACAUUUUCCAGAAAUACUUUCAACACUCCGCGAGUUUCUUCGUAGAUGAGACCGGAUAUACGUUUCACGCCGCACGACGUGCUAGACGACGAAUAGCUGGUUUCGUUAUCCCUUGGAUGUUAUCACGCAACACUUUACGAUGCCUUUUUGCGCCUCCUUUGCCAAGACCUUUUCCUCCUUUACCGCGUCCAGUCAUCGUUGUAUUUCGUUAGAGGUUUAGUGGACGAGCUGUUGUUCCUUCACUGGUGCUGCGUUCAAUGAUAACCAAGUGGCUGCACGACCGGUAUAUAUGCGUUCGAUCCGUAACGACGCUAACCAAUAGGAUUAUCGCACCGUACGUCCCCACUCCUGCCCACAUUCGUACACUUUUCCGCCAAUGAAAACAGUUUGUUUUUAUCAAAUUUCUGUAUAUAUAAAGGUGACUACUUCUCGACACGAUCAUCAUCCAAUUCAUACGAAAUCAACGACAUGGCUCGUACCAAGCAGACAGCGCGAAAAUCGACUGGUGGCAAGGCCCCGCGGAAACAGUUGGCCACGAAAGCAGCACGUAAGAGCGCACCGGCUACCGGCGGUGUGAAGAAACCGCAUCGUUACCGUCCGGGGACUGUCGCCCUUCGGGAAAUCCGUCGGUACCAGAAGAGUACGGAACUUUUGAUCAGAAAACUACCUUUCCAACGUUUAGUCCGUGAAAUCGCCCAAGAUUUCAAGACCGAUUUACGUUUUCAGAGUUCCGCUGUAAUGGCGUUACAGGAAGCCAGUGAAGCGUACUUGGUCGGACUGUUCGAAGACACAAACUUAUGUGCUAUCCACGCAAAACGUGUUACCAUCAUGCCGAAGGACAUUCAAUUAGCUCGUCGUAUUCGCGGAGAACGUGCUUAGAAAUAUUUUUCUUCAAUACUUUCCCAUUAAAAAGGCCCUUUUCAGGGCCACCA